AUGAGAGGCGGUUUCGUUCUGAGCCGGUUCUGCAUCCGCUCAACGUUACGCCUCAAUCUCAAUUCAUCGCCCAUACUGCGUCGCGCCGCGUCACGAGUGCACAACUCCAAUCGUAUACCAUGGCGCGAACGCUCGACGAAGAGGGUCGUCCUCCAAGCCUCGGCCGGGGCCGCAGCCCUGGGAACUGCAGCAUUUGUCGAACUGGCGCAGAAAGAUAACAGCGGCACCGAGCAGACUGGAGAGAAUCGUAUGCUGGAAGUUUCUCGAGCCGAGGUCAAGAAGCAGGUGUCAGAAGAGGACCACGGCCUUCGACGAGUCGUGCACAAGGCCAUCUUGCUUCUCGAUCUCUACGUCUGGGAACCGAUAUGGACAGGCGUCCGAUUCCUGCAAUUGGUCAUAAUCUUUGUCCCAGUGAUAAUUUCCGUUCCUGUCAUUUGGGUUGGCAGGAGGCAGCCCAACCGCGACAACGAAAGGACUGGCACGCUCUGGUGGUACGGCUUCCUCGUCAGUUCCAUGGAGUGGGCUGGACCGGCUUUCAUCAAACUUGGUCAGUGGGCGGCAUCAAGAACAGACAUAUUUCCGAACGAAAUGUGCGACACAAUGUCGAAGUUACACUCCAAUGCCCCCGCUCAUUCAAUGCGAAAAACCCGCGAGACGGUGGAAGCGGCGUUCGACGGCCGAAGCUUCGACGAAAUCUUUGAAGAGUUCAACGAGAAACCCCUGGGCGUCGGGGCUAUGGCGCAGGUGUACAAGGCGAAGCUGAAACCGGCCCUCGCCAUGCCCGCCGAUCAAGAUAUAUCCACCGACGAGGUGGCGCUGUCGCACAACGUCCGCCGCAACGUCGAUACGGUGCUAAAGAGCUCGCCGAAGCGUGUACCAUCAUCAUACGUCGCAGUCAAAGUUCUACAUCCCAACGUCGAGCGUACGAUUCGGAGAGAUCUCAAGAUCAUGGGCUUCUUCGCAGCGGCCCUCAACGCCAUACCAACCAUUGAGUGGCUGUCGCUGCCCGAUGAGGUCGCGCAAUUCGGCGAGAUGAUGAAGCUGCAGCUGGAUUUGCGUAUCGAGGCUGCCAACCUGGAACGGUUCCGCCAGAACUUCAAGGAUCGGUCCACCGCUUGGUUUCCGUAUCCCUAUACCGAGUUCACGACGCGCAACGUUCUGGUCGAGGAGUUUGCGCAGGGAAUCCCGCUGGCCGAUUUUAUGGAGAAUGGGGGUGGUGUGUUCCAGCACGACAUUGGCGAUGAGGGUUUGGACGCAUUCCUGCGCAUGCUGCUACUCGACAACUUCGUCCAUGCCGACUUGCAUCCCGGCAAUAUCAUGGUCCGUUUCUAUCAAUCAGCCCAACCGGAGCUCCACCUGCGAAAACUGUACGGGGACAAGAACAGCCAUAGCGAGGAUGCAGACGUCACCGAGAAAGUGCUCGAACGCCUUCGCCCCUUUCGCAAUCGCAAGAACAAGGCCGCAUGGGAUGCGGAACUCGCCAAGAUCGAUGCCGAGGGAUACCGGCCGCAACUUGUCUUCAUCGACACCGGCCUCGUGACAGAGCUCAACGCAACCAACCGGGAGAACUUCCUCGCGCUCUUCCGUGCUGUUGCAGAGUUUGACGGAUACAAAGCCGGUCACCUGAUGUGCGAGCGCUGUCGCCAACCCGAUGCCGUGCUAGACCAGGAGGUCUUUGCCCUCAAAAUGCAGCAUCUUGUCCUGAGCGUCAAAAGCCGCACACUGGCGCUUGGAAACCUCAAGAUUGGAGAUAUCCUGCAGCAGGUGCUUGGCAUGGUUCGGACUCAUCAUGUCCGUCUCGAGGGCGACUUUGUCAACGUUGUCAUCAGCAUCCUGCUCCUCGAAGGCAUUGGCCGUAAUCUCAACCCGGAUGCGGACUUGCUAAGCAGCUCACUACCAAUUUUGCGGCAAUUGAGCGCCCAGAGCGGAGCAGAAAUGGCCAAGCAAGGAGACUUCUCCAUGAUUGCCUUGUGGGUUGGCUUGGAAGCCAGAAGGUUCCUCCAAGCCAGCAUUGAGGAUGUUGAGCGAUGUGUUAAGUACGAUCUCCUGUCCCCAAAUGUAUAA